AUGACUUUCAUUAUCCUGAUACUAUCAGCAGUGCUGCUCUUCAUCUGGAGAAUGAGACACACAUAUUGGCCAACUUCACGUCUUGAUAAGACGGUUGCUGACGUUGACUCUCUUCGCAAGUUACAGAAUGAGCAUGAUAUCGCUUUCCACUUUUUAGGUGUCGUGGAAUCGGAUGGCGACGGCCAGUGGCCACCCAAGGUGUCGUACGAUGCCUGGCCGGCCGCUUUAAUGCCGUACAAAGCCAUAUGGAACGAUGCUGUACCUUUGAUAUCGGACCCGAGAAACAAUAUCUAUGGCAACCAAUAUGGCUACAAGAUCAAGAUUGUGAGGGACCGGUUGAAGAUGCUACUCACAACUUCAGUUGCGCUCUCCAAGGUCAACGAGACGCUAUCUCAAGCUACGCACAGAAAUGUUCUUUCCCAACGACAGUACAACGGCUUUUGCUGUUGUAUCGCAUUUCUUCGCCACACCUACAGGUGGGGCACAAAUCCGAUCAUCACGAGUGCUCAACGUGAGAGAGUUAUUGACUUUCCGGAUGAGCUCGCUCUUCCUUGGCGUCAUAUUCAACGGCACUUCGGGUUUACGUCUGAAAGUGGUACAGUCAUGUCAAAUUUUCUGCUCAACAUCAAUGAGCAUGGAAAUCCCGAGCAUGUGAUCAACCAACCUUUGUCGCAGGAUUACAGACUGUCGGAAUUUAAUUUUUAUUGCAUGUUCUACGAGAUGGAGCGCUUGUCCGUUCCUGUCUACCAUGCGAUGAUCCACGCGAUCAUCCAGUUUAACAAGGGAGAAAAGUCUUUGUGUCGAAAGCAUAUGGGCCAUCUGAACGAAACUUUCGACAAGGUCUUCGACAGCCUUUCGGGAAACAUGCACAAUGGAAAAAUGUUACACUAUGUGUGGAUGCGGCACAUUCAAGGAUUCCAUGCUUGGGGUACCGGAAAGAUCGAAAACGAUGCAAUAAUCACAUACAGCGGGCUCUCCGGUGGUCAUAUGCUUAUCAUUCAAGCUCUUGACGCUUUUACAGGGCUACCUCCUCUAUUCUCAACAAAUGACCUGGAAAACUAUAUACCACGGAGACAAAGGGAUUUCGUGUCCAGCUUGCAGCGAAGCUGUUUUAGAUGGUCACUGGGGAAUUCAGAAGAUGAUCAGGUCCUGAAGGCCCAGUUUCAAGGUAUUAUAAAGCGUUUAAAGCGUUUUAGGGCUACUCAUAGAGCCAGGGCACUCCCAUAUGUUACUGUUGAUGCUCCAGAACGCACUUUUAUGACUACAACCGCCGCUUCAAUCCAGGCCGAGAAUCCAAAAUCUAGCACAGAAGACUCCGUAAAGGAAAUAUUUGAGUUUCUCGAUGACAGGCUUUCGCAGACCAAAUAG